AGUAGGUGGCGAUAGAGUUCUAGAGAUCCAGUUGUGUUCAGAAGCAACGUUAGCUAGGUACAGGCGACGUGAACUUUUUUCUGCUAUAUUGGAAACAUAAUAACAGUUACGCUGGAAUUUUCUGACACCCACUCGGACAUGUCCUAUGUCUUCAUCAAUGACUCAUCGCAGACCAGCGUACCUCUGCUGCAGGCCUGCAUCGACGGAGACCUGCCGUUUGCCAAGAGGCUCCUGGAGACGGGCUGCGACCCCAACAUCCGGGACAACCGCGGACGCACAGGCCUCCACCUAGCUGCCGCCAGGGGGAACGUGGAAAUAUGCCGUCUGCUUCACAAGUUCGGCGCCGAUCUGUUGGCGACGGAUUACCAUGGAAACACAGCGCUGCAUUUGUGCGGCCAUGUGGAUACGAUCCAGUUCCUGGUGUCCAACGGGUUAAAGAUUGAUAUCUGUAACCACAAUGGAUCCACUCCCCUGGUGCUGGCAAAAAGACGCGGCGUCAACAAGGACGCCAUUCGCCUCCUGGAGGGUCUGGAGGAACAGGAAGUGAAAGGCUUCAAUAGGGGGGCCCACUCCAAGCUGGAGACCAUGCAGAUGGCCGACAGCGAGAGCGCCAUGGAGAGCCACUCUUUACUCAACCCCAACCUGCAGAGCAGCGAGGGCGUCCUGUCCAGCUUCCGCACCACCUGGCAGGAGUUUGUGGAGGACCUGGGCUUCUGGAGGGUCUUUCUGCUGCUGGUGGUCAUCGCCCUCCUCUCCCUCGGCAUCGCUUACUACGUCAGCGGCGUGCUGCCUUUCUCCAGCAGCGCGCUGGAGUUGGUUCACUGAGGAAGACGAAGGUGGAGAAGAAUCCGCAUGUGGAGGGGGGGUUGUAAAGUUUAGUUAAAGUUCCACUUUAUGCUCAGUGUGUUAAAAAAACAAAUAAGUGGAUUUGGCAGAUCUGAUCCUAACGCUAUCCUCAGCAGCGAUCUAAAGAAGCUCCAUUCUCCUCUGAUUACCUUCACACCAUGUAAAAUCUGAUGAGUAUUUAACAAGGAAGCAGGAGAACAAUUAUUAGUUUAGUUGGCUAAAAAUCACCCUCUUCUUUGAUGCACUGACUGCCCAACAGUCCUUCAUUUUCUCACCCUAACCCUUUUUCUGUUACAGUCUGUAUAUUUCAAUGUUUGUAUCCUUUAUUUUAAGUGUUCUUCUUCUUAUUUAUUAUGUUUCUCUUCCUUUAUUCUUAAUGUUUGUUACAAUCCUGCAUCUCUUCCCUCUCUUAUCACCUGUUGAAAUAACAUUGAAUUAUUUUUCAUUUUGACUGAAAGCUGACCGUCCUGUAGAAGUGAUGCAGGUUGAAAUGAUCAGAAAAACAGGUUGACGUCAGAACAAAAGGGUCCAUUUAAUGAAGCAUGCUGCUUUGUUGCAUUCCACUCGGCUCCAUUGUGGUGACCUUCAUUUAGAGGCAUUCUGUAGGAGUAGAACUUUUGCUUUUUGUUGUAAAUUCAUUUAUUUGGAUCAUCCUUUGCUUAACUGUCUAUAUUUUCUCUUGAUUUAUCCGUGUAAAUAAAACAUUUUAAGUAAAUCCCGGUUUAAUGUAGGAAAUAAAAUCAGUUGUAAUCAAAA